AUGCCAAAUCGCAUUCCGUCCCUCCGAAUCGCCUGCAUCACUGUCCUGGCGCUUCUCACUCUGUGGUACCUUUGGUCGCCCUCGACAAUGCAGAUCGCCAAUCCUGCAAGCGAGUACUGCAUCCAGCAAGGUGGGACACUCGAGAUCGUCAAGGACAAGGACGGCAACGAGGUCGGCAUGUGCAAGCUUCCGGACGGUACCGUUGUGGAGGAGUGGGACUUCUUCCGCUCGCAGCAACAACCGCCCAAGGUGGGUCUCGCCAAUCCAGCAAGCGUCUACUGCAUCCAGCAAGGUGGAACGCUCGAGAUCGUCAAGGACAAGGAUGGUAACGAGACCGGCAUGUGUAGGUUUCCCGAUGGUACUGUCAGGGAGGAAUGGGACUUUUUCCGUUCGUCACAAGAUCAAGACGAGGCAAACUCGGCUCAGCUCUAG